GACCUUUGACCUACAUUUCGCUCGUUUCACCGAGAGUCGUAGGCUUGCGAUCGUAGGUCACUGCUGUCAGCGGUAACACUGAUGACAAUAUCAGGUGUAAUAUACCAAAAUAAUGGACGUCCAUAUUAUUUCAUAAUCAUCUCGUAUGGAUUGAGCAAGUCAGAACUUGACACAUCAAUGCAGAAGUGAACGUGACCUCAGAGUGUGUAUAGCUUUUAUUGACUGGCAGAACACAAUGUCAGGAGAUGUGGUGCAAUGUCGUAGCAGUGUUGCGCCGAGAGAUUCUGUUUUCUGAGUUGUUCUACGCACAACUGUGGAUCUAAACGCUGCAGAGACAACAUGGCGCAGAGCAACCUGCCAGCGUCCAAUCCCUUGAAACUCAACACAUCUGUAGCAAGUCAACAGGUUCAUUCCCGCAGCCUUACAACUAAACCUCACAGUCCAACGACAAAGACAAUAGAGGAACAGUUUUUAACAUGUCCGAUAUGUUUAGAGAUGUACAGUCACCCCAAGUGCCUGCCAUGUCUCCACUCAUUCUGCCGUCACUGUCUCGACUAUUACAUACAAUCUAAAAAUGAAGUGGAAAUGAAAAUGAGAAAGGGUUUUUCUUGUCCAGUCUGCAACCAGUUCCACUUCCUCAAAACCUGGGAGAGUCCCUUGCACAGAUGGGUAGAAGAGUUCCAGAACAAUUUCAUGAUUCAGAAUAUGAUUGAUUACGUUCUUUCCAAGUCCAAACCAGGUACUAGUGACACCUCCUCUGCCUCUGGGUUUAUCCCACCUUCCAGCAGGUUCUGUUAUGUAUCUAAGUUGGUAGAUGUCUGGGGGGAACCCUUAAGUGCAAGAAGUUCCAGCUCGAAUGACUUAAGACGGGGUGAGGCGCCUGUUAUAUACGUAGAUGCAAACACAAUGGAGAGAGUGAAUGUCUACCCAAACUACAGUGGCCGUGGCUACUCGGAUGUGUGUUUUCUUCCUAAAGCAAAAUCUAUCGUUGUGACAGACUACAACAAAAACAGUGUCAUUCAUUUCAGAGGUUAUUUCCUUGGUAAUAGAGCAUCCUCCAAGGUCAAGGUUGGAGGCAGACCAAGCUCCAUAGCCCUGCUGAAUUCAUCAGAAAACUGUGUCGUAGUCAAUCUCCAGAAUAAGGGCCAAAUAUUCCUCAUCUCCAUCCCAAAUUUGAAUAUCCUUCAUGUGUUGCGGACACAGCACAACUAUCAGAGUGUCGCGAUGUUGACUUUCGACACUCUCCUAACAGGGUCUUCUGAUAGACCAGCGAGAAUAGAACAGAUUAAGAUUAAACACAGUACUUCUGAGGUGUCAUCAUCGCAAGAUUGUCUAUUUAAAAAUAGUGAAAGUUCCUGGACGAUAGCAGCACCAAGUCACAUAUGUGCCUUAUCGGAAGACAAGUUUGUGGUGGCUGAUACAGUCAAGAAAAGCCUGAUCGGCUUUGAUAUAAAAACUGAAAAUGGAAGGCUAGUCGGAAAGAAAACCUUUUCCCUUGCCCCUUCUCGUGGCCGGAGGUUCCGAUGUCCUGGCGGGAUGUGCCUCAACACCUCUCCCGGCAGCUUCUACGCGGUUUACUACGGUGGCAAUGCAGUGUUUUGCAUAUAUCCAGGGGACACUAUCAGAUGUGAAAAGGUCCUUGGUGAGAACGAUGGUAUCAUGAGACCAUCCUCUGUGUGUUUAGGUCCCGGGGGGAUCCUGUGUGUGGUUGACUGGGAAGGUACUAUCUCCCUGUACAAACGGAGGUCCUGAUUUAUCUGUUUACCCAUAACAUUGGUGGCUAUGCUCCCACGAUGGUCACUGUGUAAGCCUGUGUUGUGACCUGCUUUUUAAUGCAAAUUGUCCUCGUGGCGGAUGCUUCCGGUACGACAUGUUUACACUUUUAGCGAACACCUGGUGUCAUCACUGAUUUUCUGUGAUCCGUCCAUAUGAUUUUCACCGAUGUCUUGCCGUUUAUGUUCGGCAGAAAAUCAAGACUGUUGGUAGACCCACUUGAACAGAGGGAAACAGUUGUUUGCGGUUUGUGUUGGGAACUGCUCACCCAAACACACCCCUUGCUAUACCACUUGCACAUGUUCUUUUUGUAAAUCUCAUGCUUUUCAUGCUCUGUAUGUGACAGACGAUGUUGAACAGUGUAACAUUAUGAAUUGACAUAUAAUCGUUGUGGGACAAAGACGUCCAUAGGACUCCAGUCAGGAGAUUGCUUUUGCUUAUAUUAGGAAGAACUUCCAUUAUCGGGAAGUAAAUACCACUUUAUGAUUAAGUGGUUAAUUAUUCACACUUUCUGUGAGUAUAUAGAAAAAGUGUAUUUUGGGGGAUUUAUUUAUUGGCGUAAAGAAGGUUUUGUGUUUUUGUCUUAUUAAAUUUCAGACAUGCUC